CAGUGAGUCAACACUUCACCAACGAACAGAACAGACAGAUUCCUUGUUCCUUCUCUAAUAUCGUGUUUAUUUUUCGCAUUGUCCUAAAAAAGUCCUAAUAAUUUAUUUAAAUUAAAUACAAAAUUAUAAAUAAAACCAAAAAUAUCAGAAUCAAAUAUUUACAAUGUCUAAAACACAUUCAACAAAUGAUGAUAACGCUGCCAGUGAUGAUGAAUUCCAAGAUGCCGAAUCGAGAACAAAUGCAGAAAUUGUCGAUGAAAUUGUAUCCAAACAAAGUGAACUUUCGUUGCAGGACAACGACGAAGACAACAAAGACUUCAAUCAUCUCGAUGUAAUCGAUAAUGAGAAUAAAAAAUCCGCCAAUGAUAUAUUCUCCGACUGUCACGAUGAUCUCAUCGACGAGGAGCAUCUGAGAGAAUUGGAGAAGGACCUUAGCGAUGAACAAAAACUCAAGAACAAAGAAGAAGCAGACACACUCAAACAGAAGAGCAAUGAACUCUUUAAAUGUGAACAAUACACCGAGUCGGUGGAGAUGUACACGAAUGCCCUCAAACUCUGCCCACUCGAAUACACCAAAGAACGGUCUGUUUUGUAUGCAAAUCGGGCAGCAGCCAAGAUUAAAUUAGAUUCCAAAAAUGCAGCAAUUGAUGAUUGUAGCAAAGCACUAGAAUUGAAUCCAGAUUAUGUUCGUGCUUGUUUAAGACGAGCGAAGCUGUUUGAAGACACUGGAAAGUUGGAUGAAUCUUUGGAAGACUAUAAAAAAGUAAUUGAAUUGGAUGAAGGGAACAAAGAAGCCAAUGAAGCUUUAGUUCGAUUACCUCCGCUAAUUCAGGAACGCAAUGAAAAACUUAAAGAAGAAAUGCUUGGCAAACUGAAAGAUCUGGGAAAUAUGAUUUUGAAACCUUUCGGUUUGUCAACUAAUAAUUUUGAAAUGAAACAGGAUCCUUCUGGAUCGUAUUCAUUUAAUUUCAAUCAAAAUAAGUAGUGAAAAUGAUGAGAGGGAAGAAUUUAUCAAAAAAUUAAAGUUAAAAUUUAAAAGAAACUAUACACGAAAAACGAGGUAAUUAAUUUCUAUUUCGAUUUCUAGACCAUUAUGCAGGCUUUAGCGUUAUUAUUAUUAUUGUACAAUAAACUAUAAUUAAUUUUCUAUAACGAA